AUGGAUGUUCUUGAUCUUAUUCUUACAGUUAUUGUUGUUAUCCUUUGGUCAUUUGUAGUUAUAGCAUUCUGUUAUAAUGCAAGUAGGCUCGAACACGACGGCGCAAUUUACGUUGAUGAUAAUAGUCGAGUGGCGGAGACGGUCGUUCAUGUGAUUCAUAAUUCAUGGAAUUUGGAUUUGCUUGUCGACAGGCAAGUGAUCGUUUUGGAUAACAACGUCGCAGAAACCUCGGAUCACUGCGCCAUAUGUCUUUACGGAUACAAAGAGGGUGAACUUUUAGCGACGCUUAAGGAAUGCGGCCAUAAAUAUCAUGUUGUUUGCGUCAAGACAUGGCUAGACAAGAAAAAUACUUGUCCGCUUUGUAGAACUCGUGUUAUUGAGUAG